AUUAUCAAAAUUAGCGAUAGCAUUUCAGUUACUUCUCAGUCGUGCUUGAGUACAGUUGUGAGUAACGUGGGACUAUAAUACUUCAGCCAUGUUCGGUGGAUUUCCGGUAUAUUCCGUGCUGGUGCUCUUUUUACUGAGCAUUUCCAACAAUUCUGUCCAUUCCGAACGUGUAGUGUGUGGCUUCUCAAUUACUUUCAGAGAAAGAAGUGCGGAAUAUGGUUUUGAAGUGGCAGACAUUCCAAUAUCUCUCUGUACCCAUGUAGUGUACGAUGGUAUGGAACUCGACAUGUUUGCUAGUUACCAUCCUUAUGGCAAUGACACUAUAGAAAAAGAUUGGAAGUCGUUAGCCGAGCUAAAACACACCAAACCGGAACUAAAGCUAUUGGGAUCUAUUCACAGCCCUCUGCUCAUGCAGGUGGCAGCUGAGAAGGAGAGCAGAGAAACCCUAACCGAGAAUAUGCUAAAGUAUAUGGAACGGUAUCAGCUUGAUGGUAUUGAUUUGUAUUUCGGUGAUGAACGUUUUGGGCCUCAUGAAGAAUUUUACAUGCUGAUAGAGGAGCUUAAAAGUCGUUUCACAGCCGCCGGACAUUCAACGUGGGAAGUGAACGUGGAGAUCGAGAUCAGUCGAGAAACCAUCGAUCAUGCGCGGUUGUGUAGAUUGGCCGACUUUGUUCAUGUCGUGGGCAUGGUUGAACGAAAACCAAUAUACAAUGAGUAUAGCUCGACACCAAUGGCCAAGGCAACUUUCGAUAUAAAUGAGCUUAAGAAUAUUACACUUGAGCGUGCCUUACAGUACUGGAUCGAUAACAGCUGUCCCGCGGACAAAAUGGCACUUGGUGUUUUGUUUAUCGCACAACCAUUCACGAUCGCCAACGGUUUGAAGAACGGUGAAGAACCAGAAGAGCUAAUGACACUUUGUUCUGUCAUGAAAGAACGUCCCAUAUGUUCGUAUGUUGAGCUUUGCCAGAUAUUUAAGGAAACUGAAUGGAAAAUGGGUUGGGACGAUAUGGAAGGAUUGGCACCACAUGCUAUUCAGGGCGAUCGGUGGAUAGCCUAUGAGAAUGAAGCAUCGGUUGGGCGGAAGGGUGAGAUAGCAAGAAGCAAAAAUUUGGCCGGCGUGUUCGUUUUUUCGUUGGGUAUGGACGACUACCGAAACAAAUGUGGAACAUUGUACCCGCUGACGAAAGCGCUGAUCAGAUCAUUCGAAUCGCCGACCUUGGAGUCGGACACUACUCCGUGAAACUUUCGUUGUUUGUGGAAAUCAUAAACAAGAAAAAUCGAAUUCUAGCUUCUUUUCUUCAUUCAGUAAUAUCCCUAAUAUUCAAUCAACAAUAUGUUUAAAAAAAUUUAAAAAAUAAAAAAUAAUAUUCUAUAAUCUAUAAAAUCUAUAAAAUAAUAAUAGUAUAAUAAUGUCAUAAUAUACCAAAUAUGUCAUAAAAUUUUCAAAUCAAUAUUCCGACAAAACUUAGUUAUGGAUUAAAUAUACCCAACUCGCAUAAAAUGAA